CCGUGCCCGCCACCGCCGCCCGUGCCCGCCGCCCCCGGGGCAUGGCCUGUCUGAUGGCAGCUUUCUCGGUCGGCACCGCCAUGAAUACCAGCAGUUAUUCCACAGCCAUGACGGAGCCCAAGUCCGUGUGCGUCUCGGUGGAUGAGGUGGUCUCCGGCCACACGGAAGCCUCCGAGACGGACCUGCUGAACGGACAUCUGAAAAAGGUGGACAACAACCUCACGGAGGCCCAGCGCUUUUCGUCCCUGCCGCGCAGGGCGGCCGUGAACAUCGAGUUCAAGGACCUCUCCUACUCGGUCCCCGAAGGACCCUGGUGGAGGAAGAAAGGCUCUUAA